GGAAGUAACUCUUUUGAUUAUUCUGACUUUGGGUGGGGAGACUAUUGCUCCAAGGCUCUAGAAAUAUCAUCCAUUCUCACAGCCACAGUAGAAGUUGAUGAAGCUCAACUGGUGGAGGAUGCUAAUCCUACAAAGAAAUUGGAGUCCAACUCUGUGGACUUGGUGUUUGGUAAAGAAAGCACUGUGAAUAGUCUUUCUGAAGAGCUCUCUGCAUUUGAGUCCCAGAUGAAGUUCUUUGAGAUCCCUGAUCUUGAAGGGAAUUGGGAUGCUUCAGUGGACACUUUCCUCUCUGACGGCACAACUUAG